AUGAGCACGGUACAAGACUCAAUCAUCUUCGGUAAUAUUCUCUCCACACGAGAGUCGGCAGCAGUAUGGUCGGACAAGACGCGAACCCAGUGUUACCUAGCAUUCGAGGGGGCGUUGGCCAAAUCUCAAGCCAGGCUAGGGAUAAUACCGCAAAAGGCUGCGAAUGAGAUCAUCAAUUUCUGUCUCGAUGUUCGAAAUGUCGAUAUGGACGAGCUGCGUCAGCAGACCGAGUUGAUCGGGUAUCCGAUUCUCGGGGUUGUGAAGCAGCUGGUCAAGCAUGUCAAUGAGACUGAGCCUGGUUUGGGUGAAUGGGCACACUGGGGCGCUACUACGCAGGAUGUCACUGAUACUGCCACCGUCAUUCAACUCUGGGAUACUCUGAGUUUGUUUGAGAAGGCUCUUAGCCAAAUCAUUGCUUCUCUCCGCUCAUUGGCAGAACAACAUAGAUCGACUCCCAUGGCCGCCAGAUCAAAUUUACAGCAGGCAGUGCCCAUCUCUUUUGGGUUUAAACUGGCCCGCCUGCUGGCGACUUUCCUUCGACAUCAAGAUAGGCUCAAGGAUGUUGAGUACCGUCUGACCGUCCUCGAGUUCUCAGGCGCUGCAGGUACUCUCGCAACACUACCACCCACAGCAGAGCAUCCGGAUCUAGGUCUCGAAUGUCAGCGAGAACUUGCCAAGGAUCUCAAUCUCAAGGUCCCAGAAAUAGCAUGGCACACGGAGCGGGAUAGGAUAGCAGAAUUCGGAUCUUUAUGUGCUAUGCUCACCAGUACAUGUGCCAAAUUUGCUCUUGAUAUGAAACUUAUGAAUCAGACGGAAGUGGGAGAAGUGUCGGAACCAUAUGUGCCGCAUCGAGGUUCCUCCAGCACCAUGCCACAAAAGCGAAAUCCUAUAUCGUGUGCCUACAUCACCGCCAUGGCUGCAACCGUCCGGCAACUGAGCACGAGCCUUUUCGAAGCAAUGGUCGAGGACCAUGAGCGAAGUACUGGUCCUUGGCAGAUCGAAUGGAUUGUUCUCCCUCAGAUAUCAACGCUUACGCAUGCAACACUGAAGCAGACGGCCGACUUGAUCGCAGGUCUCGAGGUUCACGAGGAUGCAAUGAAGAAAAAUCUUGACAUCUCCCAAGGUGGCAUCGUUUCAGAAGCUGUCAUGAUGGGAUUGGGGAAGACACUUGGCCGGCAAUACGCCCAUGAUGUCGUUUACGACCUGUGUCGAAAAUCUCAACAAGAGAAUCGACCAUUACUGGAUCUUCUCUGUGAGCAUGAAGAAAUCAAGAGCAAGCUGAGCAGAGAAGAGUUGGAGAGUCUAUGCAAUCCUGCAAACUAUCUCGGUUACAGUGAGGCGAUGGUCGACCGAGUGUUGAAACUUACCGAUGAACCCAAGACUCAUAGGAAAGCAAGCUUGGUAUGA